UGAGUACCGCCCCCUAGAGCCAGAAACGACUAGGACGGAUGUGCCAGGGGAACCUUUAGCUUUACCUAUGGAAGUUAAAGAACUCUGUGGCUUCCUUCUGCAUCUCCAUUGACCUUUGAGCUCUUGUUGUGUUGAAGCUACGCAGAACAGCUGGUCUUGUACUUGAAAGUGGCUGAAUUGCUGUCCGCCGGGCUUCAGAUGGCCAUUGACCAGAUCCGGGCAGGCAAACUGUGUCUCUCCUCCACUGUCAAGCAAAUUGUGAGAAAGCUCAAUGAUCUGUAUAAAAGCAGCGUCUCUUCGUGCCAUCACCUGAACUUAAGGCUACAGAGGUGGUUCGUGGACAAGCAGAAGCUCAUGGACCGCAUCAACAGCAUCACAGCGGAAAAGCUCAUCUUCAGCCACGCUGUGCAGAUGGUAAGCGAGACCUGAGACCUGGUGUUACAAGGUAGGGUGAUGGCAGCAGUGGGGGCCCGGCUA